UUGUGAAUUGUGCAACCCGAAAAAUUAAUUUUAAGUAAAUUUUAAGUUUAAGUAAAGACAUCGACUUACCAGUCGUAGUUCUAUUGCAGCACACAAAAAUUGUUUGUUUAGUACGCGCCGCAACGCGUUUUUUUUCGUUUUUUUUAUCCGAACAUACGAACGUGUUGAAAACAAAUGCAAAUGCCACACGUUUUCCUGUUUAUUUUGAAUUGAUUUUGGAAAAGUUGGAAAAACAAGCAACCGGCGUUGCCCAUAGCAGCAGGCGGCCCAGAGCAACAAGUCACCUCAUACCCCUAGGACUCCAUCACACAAAAAAGUAAAAAACAAAAUUCAAAUAAAAAAACCUGCAAUGUUGCUACAAAAGUUCUGCAUGCGCGCGCUGCACACCACACGAAUGGUGUAUGCCAGUGGAUCAGGCACCGGUCUGGAGAAGAGUGCCCUGUCCACCCUACGCAAGAAGACCGGCUACACAUUCGCCAACUGCAAGAAGGCCCUGGAGUUGCAUAACAACGAUGUCAGCGAGGCGGAGAAAUGGCUGCAUGCACAGGCACAGAGUCUCGGCUGGACCAAGGCCACCAAAAUGGCAGAUCGUGCCACUGCCCAGGGCCUCGUCGGGGUUCUCAUACGCGGCAAUCUAGGCGCCAUGGUGGAACUCAAUUGUGAGACCGAUUUCGUGGCACGCAAUGAUGUCUUCAAGCGCUUCGUGGACCAUGUCGCACGGAUCUGCCUGCAAUACACGGAAGCGAUUGAAUUUGACGGAGAUCUCUGGAAGCUUGGCUACGAAACGGAGGCUUUAAGGAAUCUUCCUACUGAUGAGGGCCGCAAUUUGGGCGAUCAUUUGGCUCUGCUUAUCGGCGCUGUGGGCGAGAAUGCCACCAUCAAGCGGGCCAUCUGCUUUAAGGCCAAGCAUGACAUUAAUUUGUGCGGCUAUGCCCAUCCGGCACCCGCCAAUGUGGGCACCACUGAGGACACCACACAAGUGGGCAAAUACGGUACCAUUUUGGCAUUCCGUUCCGACGUUAAGUAUCCGGACUACGAGUUCCAGAAAAGCAUUUGCCAGCAAAUUGUGGGCCUGAAGCCAAAGAAGAUUGGUGAAUACGACAAGGACAAGCCUGUCGAGAACAAGGACGACGAGACGUGUCUCAUCCAUCAGGAGUAUCUGCUGGACUCGGACAGAACUGUCGGAGAAAUUCUCAAGGAGAACCAGACCACAGUUGUCGACUAUCAUCGGUACGAGUGCGGCGAGGCGACCAAAGGCAAUCUCGACGAAAUUCUUCGCUCCCGAGAGCAGAGUAGCAAUUAAAUAGAUCUAAAGCCAGACGACUGCAGCAUACAACAUUGUUAUACACCAAACCAAAUUACACACAACAAAAAUUAGACCCAAAUUCUGGACAAAAUUUGCAUGUUGAAUAAGAACAAUAACUACAACGAA